ACAACCAUACGUCUUUCCGGUGUGAAGUUUCGUUUGGUUUGUAAUGUUUAGUUGACUAACAAUGAUUUCUUGUUCAGAUUGCCCACCAAUUGUUUUAAACAAAAUGAUUGAUCACUGGAAAGCAAGGAAAUGGAGUAUAGAACAAUUAUCUAGUCAAAUCACAAAGAAGUUAUCGUGCAAGCUUUGCCCAAAGAAAAAUCAAAAUUUAUUUGAGACACAGUGUCCUCAUGAAAACAUCACACUGGAAGAAUUCUUUUCAUGGAGACAAAAUGAUGUUGAUAAUAACAAUCCACUUCGUAAUUAUAAACCCGAGGAAUUCUCAUGCUACAUAGAUUACAAAUACAUGAAAGACAUAUCACCGAUGGAACAUAUGAAGGCUGUGGACUGGGGAGUGUUCGGAUUUCCAGAUCGAGAUGGAAGAGAUAGCACUAUCUGGAUCGGAACAGAAGGAUGUUAUACAAAUUGUCACUAUGACUCGUACGGAUUUAAUCUAGUAGCACAAAUUCAGGGAAAGAAGAGAUGGAUUUUGUAUCCUCCUUGGGAAAGUUCCUAUCUGUAUCCUACCAGAAUUCCAUAUGAAGAAUCCAGUGUUUUCAGUGAAGUGAAUGUUAAAAAUCCAGAUUUUGAACGACAUCCUCUGUUCAAGAAAGCAAACCCGUACAUAGUGACACUGGAUCCGGGACAAGUAUUGUAUGUUCCUCCUCAAUGGUGGCACUAUGUGGAAAGUCUGGAGGAUUCCAUCAGCAUCAACACAUGGAUCGAUAUAUCGGAGGACUCAGAGAGCCGCGUCUCCGAGGCUGUGACAAGGUGUCUCGUUUCAUUACUGCUGGAGGCCAGACAACAGCUGAAUCAAGUCCCUACAGCAGAUGACACCUGGAUAAACCCAGGAGAAGAAAUUCUGCCUCUUGAUGCAAACAUCCAGCUCCUUCAAUUCGCUCUGACAAGUAGUUACCAUAGAGAUGCAGACAAAGAGACAAAUAACCAGGAGAAGUUGUGUAAAGCUCUUCAGAACAUACCUGUUAGAAACAAAGACACAACUCUCAAAGGGAAAAGAAAAUGGAUUGGAAAUACGGAAACUGAGAAUUGUAAAUCAACCAGAAUGUGUGUACAUGAUAAGGGAGACAAUUCAGACACUGUAAACUUCAAGGAGAAAUUGUGUUCGCAUGAUGUGGAUGUACAGAGCAGCCAAGGUGAAGACAUUCCUUACAUUGUUAUGGUUGAAAGAGAAAACAAAGACGAAGAGAAAGAGACAAGCGUGAAACAUCAAACCACCGACUUGUGUAGGUCCUCUUUGGAGACGUGCUCAAGUCAUUCUACUGCAACAUUGUUUGAAAAACUUGUCAAAAGUGUAUUACAUCCAAAAGUGAUAGAAGCAACAGUAAAAGAGCUAAAUCAGUAAUAA